AUGGAUCGUGAAGCUCUCCUUGAAGCUCCGGUCCAGCCUCACAUUGCCAACACCACUGCUGCGAACAACGGCUCAAUGGACGCCAGUAUGGAUAUAGAUAUGGACCUUGAUCUUGGGCAAUUUCCUGAACCCGAUCCGAUCGAACUGGAGCCAGCAACUACGUUAAACGUAGCCGCUGCGAUCGCGGGAAAACCUGAGGUGGAAGCAGUGAGCCCAAACGAGGAACCACAGCUUGAAAAGGUUCAUAUACGUGGAGUCGACGAGUUAACUACGGACGAUAUAAAACGAUUUGCCUUUGAAUAUUUCACCCUCGAAGAACCUCAGCGCAUUGAGUGGAUCGACGAUACGUCUGCCAACAUCGUCUAUAGCUCUGCGGAGAUAGGAGCAAAAGCUUUAUCGGCACUCACUCAAGAGAAUGUUGAGGAUGCGGAGCCAAGCUCACCUUCCCUUCGACUUCGAACCGCCAAGGCAUUAUCCUCACACCCAGACUCGGUUUUACAAGUUCGGCUGGCCGUCAAGUCAGAUCGCAAGAAGCAUCGUGCACAUGAGGCGAGCCGUUUCUACCUGAUGCACCCGGAACACGAUCCGAGAGAACGGAUGCGGAGCGAAUUUUCUGGGAGGAGACGCCGUGGGUCGCGAGGUGAUAGCGAUGGAGAUUAUAGGAGGAAGCGGUUUGACGACAGAGAACACCGACGACGGAGAGGGCAGGCGAAAGAAGAUAGGUUCGAUGUCAGCAUGUAUGAUGACGAUGGGGAUCGUGGACGACGUGGUUCUAGUGGGGAUAUCUCGAGUGCCGAUUCACAUAGCAGGAGUCGAGCGAGAAGAAACAACCGCGACCUUUUCAGCGAUCGUAUGGAAACGUCUGAAGGACGUCUUAGGGACCGCAGCGCAUCACCGUCUAGAGCCAACGGGGACGGCCCCGACCUUCGACUUGCUGGGGGCUCGUCGUCUAGUAGACGUUUCCGCGAUCGACCCCCGCUUUCGAGUCACGAUAGGAGAGAUAGGUCCCGUUCUAAUGUCGGAAAGGAACUUUACCCCUCUGGCAACAACUCAAGCGACGACACCUCUAGAGGAAGAGAGCUUUUCCCCAACAAGACUGCGUCAAGCUACCUGAAAAAGGAGCUACUACUGAACUCAGUAACCCCACCCGCCAACACAAUUCAUCGCCGAUCAGACGCUUUUGAUGCUGCAGACGAAACCACCGAAUUGCUCGCCCAGCGAAUGACCGUUCCAUUUGUGGACGGUGCGAGCGAUGGACCCCAAAGAUCCGGUAGCCGUAAGGUUGAACUGUUUCCCGACUCGGCAGGACACGACCGCCAGAGCUUGAAGAUUCGAGGUAUAUCUUCCGAAAAUAGCGGAAUGUCUAUUCGCGGGAAUGCGUCUGGUGGCAUUUCUAUCAAGGGCGCGGCGGCUGUUAGAGAACUCUUCCCCUCGAAAUAUUCUAGCAAUGAAGGGAAAGAACUGUUCUCUGACGCGAUUGAAGGCCGAGGUGGGAAGAGAAGACGAGCCGAAGACAUGUUUAGUUGA